AUGAACGCGGCUCUCGUCACUCCGGUUGUUGACAAUUUAUGUGAUGCUAAAGUUAAUGGUUUGAUCAGUGAUUCAGGUGAAUGGGAUCAAGAAAUCUUACAAGACUUAUUUUUGCCUGCUGAUGUUGAUCGGAUUCUGGCAACCCCUAUCUCUCCUCACAUCAAGGACACAUGGUAUUGGAAAGGGGACUCUAGAGGGAUAUAUUCUGCGGUGGUUGUCCCUUCUGCGCCUAUGACCGUGAGACCAUGGAGCAUCUCUUCUGUUUGUGUCCAGUGGUUAAUCAGAGUGUUGUGUGGUCCUAGUUUAUGGGAGGCUGUGAGGGUGGCAGCUUGCAUGUGGGUAAUUUGGAAUGCAAGGAAUAAUCUAAUUUGGAAGGAGAUAGCUUUGUCUAGCAUUGGGCUUAAGCAACAGGUGGUAACAUACUGUGCAUUAUGGCAAUGGACAUAUUCAAAGGUAGCCAGCACUAUAAAUGACGUCCAGAACAUAGAAACAAAUAGAGGCUAUAAGGUAGGAUCGAUGAGAAACUUGAGAUCAGUAGCAGGCGCUCUUCUUGUUCUUCUCGUCUUUGCCAUUUCAACAGAGCCCUUCGAGGCUAGACAUCAUCAAAGAUGUAAGCAUGGCGGCAAAAGAGGCCACAAAUGCUUGCAUGGGCAUCAUGUGUCCGGAGAGAAGGCGGUUCUUACCAUAAACAGCUUCGAGAAGGGCGGAGAUGGGGGCGGUGCAUCCGAGUGUGACGGCCACUUCCACUCCGAUGACACCUUGGUCGUGGCGCUUUCCACUAGGUGGUACAACCACGGCCACCGCUGCCACCGCCAUAUCACCAUCCACGGGAACGGGCGGAGCGUGAGGGCUAAGGUUGUGGAUGAGUGUGACUCCAACCGGGGAUGCCGUAGUAACAUAGUUGAUGGCUCGAAAGCAGUGUGGAAGGCCUUAGGCGUCCCGAAACACCAAUGGGGUGAGCUCCAUGUAACCUGGACCGACGACUAGCUAGCUUGAGCUAAGUCAUCACUAGAGCCGUUCCAAUAAAAAUAGGGGUGGCCCAUUACCCCAUUGUCAGUCCAUCUAUCAUUAAUCUAUUAUUACUAGGUUUCAUGUUUUCCUUUCGAAUAAUGCUGCAGUGACUUUUGGUUAUAUAAUCUAUGGCCUGAAAUUUCCCGUUUUCAAUAAAACAUUUGUAAUAUAAUCAAUGAAAGUUGGUUUAAUUUCGAA